AUGAACUGGCAGACCGUCACCAAAAUGGGGCUCUGGCUGCCUGUAGGCGUAACCGUAAACGCGCUGGGAGUGAGUCUCGCAAGUGUCAAAGGCCGGUCCAUGCAGCCAGCCCUGAACGACGGACUGACCCAAGACGCCGUGCGGGACCGCGUCUUGCUCGACAAGUUCUCGGUGCAGAUGCGCCAUCGGUACCGGAGGGGCGACGUCGUUGUGCUGGCAUCGCCCGAGGCACCAGGAGAGUUCCUGAUCAAGCGCCUCGUGGGCGUCGAGGGAGAUUUGGUCACGGAUCGCAACGGACGGCGCUGGCUACUGCCUCCAGGCCGGUGCUGGGUCGAGGGCGACAAUCCGACGUUCAGCGACGACAGCAACGCGUUCGGUCCCGUGCCGCUUGCGCUCAUUGACGCGCGCGUCCUGGCCGUUGUGUGGCCAUGGAGCGAGGCGAAGGUCGUGCGUCGACGGCUGCGGUCAGGCCGCGUGGAUAAGGAAAGCUGUGGCGGUGCUCAUGUAGCGCUUCGGUCGGGACUGGUAAAGGGACACGAGGAUGGAAAAGGUCUCGACCAAAUGUCCAACAACGUCGAACAAGCACUGAACAACACUGCGCCUCUUCCCUUCGUGUCUGUGUCGAUGCCGAGCAGUCCUUUGUCGAUCCAGCCUCAAGGUCGCGUCCACAUCAAGUGGAUUUGA